AUGGUAUGCUGCGACAUGGUUCACGCCGACGCCUCCAAUUUCGACGAGGGCGUUUCCAAGGAGGAUGCCUAUGAGCAAGUUCUUCUACAGGCAGAAGGGCUUUUCUACGAUCAGCGAAACUGGGUUUGUAACCUCUCCAACGCUGCUGCGUUACUUUGGCACGCCUACCAGUCUCUACCAGCUCCAAGCAACCAUGUAAACUGGUCCGGAUUUUACGUUUUGGAUCCGUCCUCUGCAAAGCCUCAGCUUAUCCUCGGCCCAUUCCAAGGCAAGGUUGCUUGCCAAACCAUUGCUUUUGGCCGCGGCGUCUGCGGCGCGGCGGCCGAGUCGCGGACCACGCAGCUCAUCCAUGACGUGGAGCAGUUCCCAGGCCACAUCGCCUGUGACAGCGAGAGUAAGAGCGAGAUUGUAGUGCCCAUCGUUGCCGAAAAGGAUGGCGAGAAAAAGGUCGUCGCUAUUAUUGACGUGGACUGUGCCGAGCUCAACGGCUUCGAUGAGGUGGACAAAAAGAACCUAGAGCAACUGGCUGAGCUGAUUGGCAAGAGCUGCGACUGGUAG